GUCGAGAGCCCAUUUAUGGUUCAGUUCACAAGGUAUACCACGGUUGAAGAGGUGCCGGGCUUGGCAGAUACCUACCCAUUCUGCACAUACACCCUAACUGCAUUUUCGGAUAUCCCAGAUCCAAUUGGCCGUCCUGCGCGCUUCAUUGAUGUCAUUGGAAAGAUCGACAUGGUUUCUGACAUAGUCCCUAUUUAGUCGAUGUACCAAAAAACUGCUUCUAACACCAGGACUAUUAUAUUGAAGGACAUCAUGGGCAAGGAGCUUAGUCUUGUUCUCUGGGGUGAUCGUGCGCUCGAGUUUGAUGCGGAAGCAGUUCGUGCCAUGGGUGAGAAAGAGCCUGUCAUUGCUAUCUUUGUGGGAACACUAUCAAAGACUUCUCAUGGUGUCAAAAGCUUAAGCGGUGGUUCUGCCUGUCGCUGGUACAUUGAUGAGGAUAUACCUGAUAUCAAUAUGUUUCGUGAAAGGCUUGGGCCGCAGUUUGUUCCUUUGGCUGCCUAUGUUCCUACAGGGCCAGGUGCCAUCAUACCUCGUGUGUUCGAGGCUCCUAUUGAGAAGACCACAGAAGCGCUAAACGAUGCUGAUCCUUUCGUUGAUAUGGACAAAAAAUUCAUCUGCACUGUCACUGUUGAUAGGCUUGGUCCUGACCAGCGUUGGUGGCUUGCUUCGUGUUCCGUCUGCCGUAAAUCUGCUAGGCAUGACGGAUAUCAGUUCCAGUGCUCUGGCAAAGACUGCGCUUCUGUUGAUGCUGGCUUAGCGUACUGUAUAUCUUUCUUUGCGGCUGAUGCCACAGGUGAAACUGAGUUUGUGAUGUUUGAGAAGGUUGCGGCAGGAGCGGUUGGCAAGCAGCUACUACCCUUGAUGCGGCAGAGAUACCCAGGCCAUACCACAGUUGGUCAGCUAGCACAGGUUGCUAAGCGCGAUACAACUAUUCCGUCGGAGAUUGAACGUCUUGUUGGACAGAAGUACAGGCUUCUGGUUUCCAUAUCCAAAAAGUGGAACUCAGGCAAUAGUGAGAACUUACGUUUCCAGGUCUGCAGGAUUGAAGAGACCUAUAAGCCUCAGUUACCGCCACUUUCUCUCUUAGAAUCUCAUGGGGCUCAGUCAUCCUCCAGCAGUUCAGGCCCUAGGCUCCCACCUCUAGGCGCAAAUUUUAGUCAGAUCGCUCGUGGUGCAAAUGCAACACCCCCUCCGCGUGGGCCAGUGACUCCGGCUAAAGGGGCGUCCACUCCUAAGCGUGGCGCUAGGCGCUCUUUGUUUCCAAGCCCUUCUAAAGAUAGGUCGCAGCUUGAUAAGGAUAGUGCCCUUGCUGCCGAUGGUGUCCUUGCACCUGGCGAAGAGACGGCAACUGAGUCCCUGGUGCAGACUGCUUCUGAUGAUGCCAUCGCUGUUGGUGGAGACAAAGAUGAACAAACAGUGGUUCCUAAGCCUAAAAGGAACACCAACUCCACCAAGUCAGGUGGGUUAGCCAAGAAACCGAAGCUGUAGCCAGUGGUCUGCUGUGCUUGCGGGCAUCGCCUGUAUAUAAGCCUGUAUAUAAGGUCCUCGUUUGUAUGGCUCUCGCUUCGUGCUUUGGUUCCUGAUGUAAGCUAUGCUCGCAUGAACCGCACGAAAAACCUAUCAAUGUCUUAGUGUUGCUCACGGCCAAGGCAGCUUCACUGCCGAGCUGUUGAUCUGGAAUCAUCACCUUGCCACGCAGCGUUGUUCCCUUUGGGUUCUAUGGUUGCGGCCAAGCUAAUGUGAUGCUUUUGCUACACCGCCUCCAUGCUGCUGCUGGGUGUGCCUCGUUUGCUGCAGCGUGUUCCUUGUGUGGUGACUAUGUAACUGGCUAUGUAGUUUCUGUUGCGUGUAAGAGGAUGCUACACUAAAGCACACUUUGUAGGUACACCCUCUGCUAGCAGGGGAGGAGCCCUACAGUCCCAUGUGCCCAUCUCGUGGGCUAAGCUUAGACUAAACUUAUGUGCUUCUAUGUAUCGUACAGACUGUUGACUGAAACUCUGUUCCAUAUGGUGCUAUGUGUGUUGUCA